GCAUCCAGAUCCUCGUGUCCACUAGUGAUGUCAGCUCAAUGGCAGGGACGGAGCGUCUCAUCAGUGAGGCCUGCCGCUUGGGUCAAGUUGGUGGCAUCUUCCACCUUGCCAUGGUCCUCAAAGACGGCAUGCUGGAGAAUCUGACCCCACAGCACUUCAUUGACGUCAACAAACCCAAAUACGGUGGAACCAUCCAUCUAGACAGCGUGACUAGGCAGAAGUGCCCAGAGCUUCAGCACUUUGUGGUGUUCUCCUCAGUCAGCUGCGGCCGAGGUAAUGCUGGCCAGAGCAACUAUGGCUUCGCCAACUCCACCAUGGAGCGAGUGUGCGAGCAGCGCCGACACGACAACCUGCCGGGCCUGGCCAUACAGUGGGGCGCCAUUGGAGAUGUGGGUGUCGUUUUGGAGACCAUGGGUGGCAAUGACGCUGUAAUUGGUGGCACGUUGCCGCAGCGCAUGUCUUCCUGUUUGGAAGUACUUGAUAGGUUCCUGUGUCAGCAGCGGCCUGUAAUGUCCAGCUUUGUGUUGGCGGAGAAAGUGGUGGUCGCUAAAGGAGAAGGAAGUGGACAGAGGGACCUGGUGGAGGCUGUGGCUCAUAUUCUGGGUGUGCGUGACGUGAGCAGUCUGAAUGCUGACACCUCAUUGGCUGAUCUGGGUCUCGAUUCGCUGAUGGGUGUUGAGGUUAAGCAGACACUGGAGAGGGACUAUGACAUUGUAAUGGCAAUGAGGGAAAUCCGACAGCUAACCAUUAAUAAGCUACGGGACCUUUCCAGCCAAUCAGGAGGAAAAGAGGAGUCCCGAGCUGCUCCUGCAAAGCGAUCUGGUGCUCAAGCUCUGCUGGA